CCGGCCGGGGCGCGCGCUGCCCUCGCUUCUCGCCGCCUCUCAGGGGUCCCCGGUCACCUCCUUUGUGCUGUUCUUCCUGGAUGGAACGAGAAAAUAAACAGGGUGUGUGUGAAGCCCAGGACUCAGCAGACAAAGGGAUGGGCUCUGAUUUUGAGAACUCUGAAGACAGAGAACGGGACCCAGAAGAAAGAGGAAUGGGCUCUCACCCACAGGAUGCCGACAAGAGAGAAGACCCCCCAGAGCAGGAGCUGGACUCCAACCCACAUGAUGAAGCUCUGGGAGGGGACCCAGAGGAGAGGGAACUGGUAUCUGACAUCUGCCCAGAGGAACUGCUGAGUGAGGAAGAAGGGGCUGCUCUCCGCGAAGAUGAUGAUUACCAAUCUGGCGUAGCCGAGAUGGCCAUGUUCCCGGGACUGUCGGAGUCCGACAGCAUUUCCCGGAGUCCCCGGGAAGAGGAGGAAGAGGAGAGCGCUGGGGAGAACCGGCUGGACGAAGAGGAGCAGCCGCCCCCUCCCAUGCUCCCCUGGAGGCGGCAUCUCUCCCUGGGGAGUCGGCACCGGGGCGACAAGCCCGCCCACCACCGCUUCCGUCGGCUCCAUCACCCCAUGGCCAUGGACCUCGGGGAGCUCGACAGCCUGAUGGCCAGCAUCAUGGACGCGCCCACUAUCUGCCCGGACUGCGGGGAGAGCUUCAGCCCGGGCGCCGCCUUCCUGCAGCACCAGCGCAUCCACCGCUUGGCGGUGGCAGCCGCCGCCGCCAGCCUGGAGCCCUUCGGCUUCUCUGGCGAGUGCGGCGCCAUGGUGGGCGUGGCGGGGGGCUUCGGGGCGGGGCCCGCGCUGGCCCGGCCCCCACGCGAGAAGCCUUUCCGCUGUGGGGAGUGCGGCAAGGGCUUCAGCCGCAACACCUACCUGACCAACCACUUGCGCUUGCACACGGGCGAGCGGCCCAACCUGUGCGCUGACUGCGGCAAGAGCUUCAGCUGGCGCGCGGACCUGCUUAAGCACCGGCGCCUGCACACGGGCGAAAAGCCCUACCCGUGCCCCGAGUGCGGCGAGGCCUUCAGCCUCAGCUCGCACCUGCUGAGCCACCGGAGGGCGCACGCGGCGGCCAGCGGCGCGGGGGUGGCGGCGCUGCGGCCCUUCGCCUGCGGCGAGUGCGGCAAGGGUUUUGUGCGCCGCUCGCACCUGGCCAACCACCAGCGCAUCCACACGGGCGAGAAGCCGCAUGGCUGCGGCGAGUGUGGCAAGCGCUUCAGCUGGCGCUCGGACCUAGUGAAGCACCAGCGCGUGCACACGGGCGAGAAGCCCUACAUGUGCUCCGAGUGCGGCGAGACCUUCAGCGUCAGCUCGCACCUCUUCACGCACAAGCGCACGCACUCGGGCGAGCGGCCCUACGUGUGUCGCGAGUGCGGCAAGGGCUUUGGGCGCAACUCGCACCUGGUGAACCACCUGCGCGUGCACACGGGCGAGAAGCCCUUCUGCUGCGGCCAGUGCGAGAAGCGCUUCAGCGACUUCUCCACGCUCACGCAGCACCAGCGCACGCACACGGGCGAGAAGCCCUACACGUGCAUCGAGUGCGGCAAGAGCUUCAUCCAGAGCUCGCACCUGAUCCGCCACCGCCGCAUCCACACCGGCAACAAGCCGCACAAGUGUGCGGGCUGUGGCAAGGGCUUCCGCUACAAAACACACCUGGCGCAGCACCAGAAGCUGCACCUGUGCUAGGGGCCGGGCCGUGGGGAGGCUGCCCUGGUGGGGAGCAUGUGGGGAGGAGCUGUUCUGGGGAUAGAGCUUGUGGAGAGAAAUGGGGAAGGGGCGGGAGGGACAAUCUGAGUGACCGGGGAGUCUUGGUGUUAGGGGGUCUUGAAGGGGAGGGUCGAGUAAGUGUGGUUCUUUUGGGGUGUUCUAUUUUGCCUGCCUCCCCAAAGGGACGUGUUUGGGAGAUGUGCUUGAGCCAUGACAUCUUCAGAUACACGCAGUAGGGGUUGAAGAGCAAGGAAGUGCAGGCACUUUGAGGACCUUGAAGAAGGGGAGUUAGGGGGUUAGGUGAGUGAACAGGAUGGCAGGCAAUAGAGUAGGUCGGGCUGUGGGGGCCUGUGGGCGUCAGGAGAGGCUUAUGGGGUAAAAUAAAAGGCGGGUAUGAAUCAUUCUGUCCUGGUCUCACCAGGUGUUACGUUAACACUGUUUGCUCUGUCGCCCCACAUCAGCUGUAGUCUCAUGAAAAGUAGAGGAACCUUGUCGAUGCUAUUGAAGAAGAUAUGUAGUAUAUUUUCCCCUUCAUUUCUCUGAGCCACAGUUAGCUGCUAUUUUGAGGCAUCCAGGGGAAACUGGGCAGGAAAGCUUACGCACUCGGAUUCCAAGGGCAAAAUUGAAGUUUGGAAAUCCGUUCAUAACUGGCUUUAAGAUCACCUGGGAAAUCUUGGUUCUGCUCCCCUGGUUCUUUGCUACUUCCUUUAAAGUGGUCUAGCUUCAUGCUGGGUCAGGGUGGUCUGUGUGGAUGGGAGGUGUUAGGUGUGUGCCAAGCCCGGUAUUUCAUGUCUCAGUUGUGAUCUUCUAAGUGCAGGGGAAUGAAACAGUCCCAGCUAUGUGUGGCUUUCCCUUUUCCAGGUCAGCAUGUUGCUUGUUUGAAGUGAAUCUCAGAUCAGCAACCAUUGCCCCAGUGACCUACUACAAAAGUCAUCUAGCUCAGAGUUUUGCUGGCCUUAUGUGAGAAAUCCAGGAGAGCAAAUGUUCACAUGUUGGAGUGCAAAGCUUCUUUGUCUCAUUUGCCUUUGCUCUGUAUCCAGUGCCCCCCUCCCUCUUGGUAGUAAUGGGGGAGAUAAUCGAACAGCCACCUCCAUCCAUAUUGAUAGAGACUUUUGGUCUGAAUAGAGAUAUCUUUUAUGUACACAGGAGGCACAGUAGAAAGCUCAAGGGUUUACACAAGGAAGGCCCAAGCAGGGAAAGGUGUUAAGUGCAAAAUUGCCAAAUAGCACAAGCAAUGAAUGUUUUCUGGUUGUUAUAUAAAUGCCAAAAUAGCACUUUUAUAUUUCAAAGUGCUUUAUGCUUUUUAACGAUCGUUAAUUGUUUCUCACACCUUUGUGAGGUAGAUCAGUAUUAUGACCCCUGUCGUAGGGAAGACUGAGGACAGGAGUACAGCAGGCUAUUUGGAAGACAGGCUGAUGACCGUGGGGAUAGGUACGGUCAAACCUUUUGUGUUCUCCUGUCAGCUGCUAGAAAGACUUAACCUGUCAUGAUUUAUAUAAUAAAAUGAAGACACUGAAAAUUCUUAAUGCUUCAUGGAAAAUUUAAGGCUAGUCUAGAAGGGCCAAAGAUGUCCUUAUUGACAAAGCUGGUCUUUGUCACAUAAUUAGGGUAUCUUAGGAUUAUUCCAUUUCUAGUAGGGGGUUGUAGUUAGAUGACUCUUGUACAGAUUUCGGUUACCUGUACUGAAAAUUCCUCCCCCAGGUUAGCCUUUAGAAAUUAGAGUUGUGGAAACCAGUCUUGUUUUCUUCACUAGUGAUUGUUAGUUGUUCUGUACUUUUCAUGGAAGCAUCUUCACAAACUGUUGGACACACUUGAAAGCAAAGAAGAAAAACUGCAAGAUUGUUUUUACGGUUUUAGCAAACUUUCUGUGGAUGCUGGUAAUUUAUACUUGAUCAAUUGUAUUUUAACAAAGAUCCUCCUUGGGGACUGUAGGGAAGCAUGUUUUUGUCCUUAUAAAAACACCUUCCAAA